AUGACUGAAAACCGUCGCACGUCAGCCGUCUCGUCGCCCAAGAUACCACCGGCGCCGCCAUUGCCACUGCCCAAGCAAAAGUCGCGCUCGUACUUUGAGCGUUUCGUUGCGCAGCCCUUGACGACGGCCUAUGGAUCCCGCCCACCCAGCGUGCAUGCCCAUGGCCCAGAAGGCGGCCCUCCGAACCCUCUAGUGCCGAAACUUGCCGGCAUCCGCACAGGCUAUUCCCAAGAUGCAAGCCACAAGACAGGCCUCGACAUCUCUGCCCUCGACAUCAACCGUGAACGCACCCAUGCCGUCCUCGCUGGCAAGGAGAUUCUAAAAACAGUCCGCGUGCAAGAUGCCAAGAUUGUCGACGAGACCAACCUACGGGCUGCUGUCCUCAACUAUGCCGACUCGCAUGCCCGACAGCGCGAGGGCUUGGGCAUACAUGACGUGAAAUGGUCCCACGGCCAGUUCGGCUCGCAUAUCGCAACUGCCGCUGCGAAUGGCAAAGUCAUACUGUACGACCUAAACCGCGCAAGCGUUGAGCUCACCAGGCUGCACGAACAUACGCGUCAGGUACACAAGCUGGCCUUUAACCCUCAUCAAGGCCAUCUGCUGCUGUCUGCCAGCCAUGACAACACCGUUCGCCUGUGGGACUUGCGUGACAUGCGCAGAGACGUCACCGUCUGUCGUAGUCGAGAUCACUACGCUGGCAUGAAUGGCGGCAUUCGUGAUGUCCAGUGGUCGCCUACUGACGCCGUAGAAUUCGCUUUCGGCACUGACAACGGAACUAUACAGCGAUGGGAUUUCCGCCAUAACAAGGGGCCCAAGCAGAAGAUUACAGCUCACGACCAGCGCAUCUGCACCUCCAUCGACUGGCAUCCAGACGGCAAGCAUCUACUCAGCGCUGGCGUCGAUCGAACGGUCAAGGUCUGGGACUUCUCCGUUACUGGGCGCCGCCAGAAAGCUGCUUACGUCCUGCACACACCAUUCCCGGUAUACCAAGCUCGCUGGAGGCCGCCAUACUGGUCCGAUGAGUACCACGAAAAGGGCGCCUACCAAUGCACACAGCUGGCCACGUCCUAUGAUCGUGAACAUUCUGUUAUUCACGUAUGGGAUUUCCGUCGACCGUUCCUGCCAUUUCGGGAGAUCAACAAGUUUCCUAGCGCACCUUCCGAUAUGCUUUGGCACUCGCGUGACACCUUGUGGACUGUAGGCAAGGAGGGCGUUUUCCAGCAAAACGACGUCCAUCACGCCCCUAAAACUGUAGAUCGACGCAACUUGCAAGCUUUGGCAGUAUCGCCAAGUGGAGAAGUUGCCGCCGUUGCCCAGAAGAGGCCGCGGCAGCGGUCUUCUACAGGCCUAGCGUAUACCGACGAUACAUACCUUGGUGAUCCACGUGCAAGACGUCAUAGCCCUGAGAAAGGUAAUCUUCGAAACUCAGCAGAUGAUAGUUUAGAUGACAGUUUCCUGACGUCGUCUAUGAAGCGGCAUCAUGGGCGCACCGCCAGCAACAGGUCAACCAAGUCGUUCAGCAAUACCCCGCCCUCUGAUAUUGCACCUAAAGUCAUGUUUCUCAGUGAUUCCAUGGUCGCCUAUAGCGAGUCAUUCAGGCCAAAUCAGGUCGCCAUACGAGGCUUACUACCAGGCGUGGCCAAUCCUCAGGUCUUCGAAUAUCUCGCACAGAAGUACAGAACUAUACCUCUUUCCGAUCCACCUGAUUUGGAUUCUUUUCUUCGACUGGAGAGGAUCUUUGAGCAGAACGCUGAGUACGCGCAGCGCGCAACCUUCUAUAGACUCGCACAGGCAUGGAAAAUCGUUGGUACGUCCAUUGCCGUGGCGACACGACGACGAGCAGAGUUACACAGACAACAAAGAAGGCUGCAACCGCAGAACACAGCGCCCCGACAGUCUGGAAAGAUGCAACAAUCAUCUUCCGAGCACAUGGAGGCACACGACAAGCGCUUGACGAUCCCCCCAAAUCCUGCAGUGCGAGCUAUUUUGGGUACGCUAGAGAAGUCGACAUCACCAUCCCGAUCGCCGUCGGUGCGAGAGAGCACUUCCAAUCUCGCGACCCCUCUUGCUCGUCCAGUUAUAAACCAAGCCGUCAACAACACUCAAAGGCCAGACUUGCUUGAUAUUGAUCAGGAGGACAUUGAUCAGCUCCCGCCUGCUGUCAAUGGACCACCUGUCGACGCAAGCAGAACACUUGCGCCGACGCAAAGAACGUUCAGUGGGCCACAAUGGUACCACUCAGGAGAUGACAUCGAUGAACGCCGUGCUUUAGUUGGCAGCUAUCGCGCAUCACCGCGAAUUCCAUUGAGCCUCGCACCGAACAGCGCACAAGGCGGGAGCAUUAACGUGCCUCCCCCACUAGAGCGACAUCAUUCUGACGAAAGCUUUACCAUGUUUUCUGCGUCCUCAGAUUCACAGAAGGGCAACUCCAUGCCAAGCUCUUUCGCAAGUACCAAUUCACAAUUAGGCCAGGGGCAGUCCUUGUCAGAUGAUUGGCAGGCUGUCCAGGAACACUCCAGCUUUGGAAAACCAAGGAACGCUGGAGGUCGAGAGUUGGGCAAAAGCAUCCCGAUAUCUCCAACAACAGUACCCAUUGGCAAAAAUAUCGCUCAUGUCGACCAUACACAUCCACGAAGCUCAGUGGAUGGAUUUGGCAGCGGAGAAAAAGCUGUUCGCGAUAUGGAACACCUGCGACGGAACAACCAACUACUUCGCCAUGACAGCUCUGAUUCGGAAGCGCUCACAAGCAUCUCCUCAUCAUCAUUUGAAUACAACGCUGAGAUGGAGGCAAGCGGAACCAUCGUGCCCGAUGUUUUCGAGGAUGUGAGAUCGCCACAUGUCCUCAAGCCGCCCACUUCGUUACCACAUGCGUCUGGGAGUGCGCCUCCAGUACUUGACCUCACAGCAGAGGAAGGAUUGCUAUUGUCUGAUUUUGAGGCCGUGCACGUCGACGCCGAAGUCGGGUCCCCCUAUUCCGUCAUCGGGCUGUUGAAUCACCUUCUCGACUAUCACACGGAAGCGUCAGAUGCACAGUUCAGUUCAAUUCUCCUUUUACUUUUAGCGCCAUUACUACCACAAACCCAUGACCCUACUAAUACCCCGAAUGUCCAUGUGGGAGACGUUUUAAACGUCUUCAGUGAUACGUUUGUCUCACUGGGACUGACCCAAGCACAAGCAAAGGCCAUCCUCUCGACGCAGUUGAGCCAACUGAUAGCUACUGGUAUCAACCCCUAUCAAGCAGAGUCCAUCCUCCACACAUACCAUGCGCAGCUACAGUCUUUGUCACUUUUCAAUUCCGCCGCUACUCUCCGUCGACUAGCAUAUCCGACGUAUCCCGCUGUCUACGAGCAAGCGCUGAAAGAAACGCAAGUUGGCCUACUGUGCCUAAGCUGCAAGUCACCAAUCAAUAACCCUAGAGACAAGAUGCGAUGCGAAUCAUGCAAGCGAAUGCAGGCACCCUGCCCGAUUUGCUGGGCUAAAUAUCCGGCUUUCGAAUCGAUUACUGCGAAGAAGAAAUCGAAAGCGAAAUCGCGAUCCGCCUUCAAGGAUAGAGGACAUAAAAGACAACGAUCGUCUCUCAUGUCGAAUCCAGACCAUGAUGGCGAUCAAGUCGCAGAUGGACCCUCGCCGACCACUCCCGUCAAGUGGUCGCCGCCUGCAGCCACGCUCUGGACGUGGUGCCCACUCUGUGGGCAUGGAGGACAUUCAAAUUGUCUAUCAACAUGGUUCGCCGACCCGGUACUAUCAGACGGGGCAUGUCCGACCGAGGGCUGUCUUUGCGACUGUGUCCAAGGCGAACGCCGCGACGCAAAGAUUCAGGAGAUGCUACUCAGGAAAGCAGAGAAGGACCGAUCUAAGGUCGUGCGCAAAGGUGAUGAUUGGAAGGUAAGAGAGAGUAGAGCCGUGUCCGCGGUUCGGAAUGCUGCCCUCGACACUAUUCCGGAUCAACAACACCCGAAUCCUGGGACUACAACGCCGACGCGUCGAUAA